AUGACCCACCAGCCGGAGGUGGAGACGUUGGCCUCGCAGCCCUCAAAGCUGCUGAUCCUGGACGUCGUCUCACCGCCGCCUCUCGUGCUAACGCGGCCAAGGGGGCGGCUGCGAAUGCCAGAACAUGUGUCCGCAUAUUUCGACUAUUCUCGUUUCUCCUUCACAGCCGGUGGACAGAAGUUGACGGUGGCAAUCUCCGUCCUGCUCGCUCAGACUGUCUUCCUCUUCCUCAUCGCUCAGAAGAUCCCUGAGACCUCUCUCUCUGUGCCUCUCAUUGGCAAGUACCUGAUCUUUGUCAUGUCCGUCACUACGCUCAUCGCCACAAACCAGAUUGUGGUGCUGAACAUCUCGCUGCGCACCCCCAGCACUCACAACAUGCCCCGUUGGAUCAAAAUUCUAUUCCUGAAAUGGUUACCUCGUUUCCUGGGCAUGCCCCCGCUGGUGGACGACAGCGAGGAGGUCGUUGUGAACGGCGUGACGGAGCGGCGCCGCAGCUCCUUCGGCCUCAUGCAGAGAGCAGAGGAAUAUGUGAUGAAACAACCCCGGAGCGAGAUGAUGUUUGACAGACAGAGACAGAAGCAUGGGCUCUCACAAUCAGUUUUGGAUCAUUUGGAUAUCAGCAGCACAGCCAACCUGUACAAGAGUUUGGCGCAGACUGCACCCGAAAUCAAGCAAUGUGUCGACGCCUGCAACUUCAUAGCCGAGAGCACGAAGCAGCAAAAUAACAUCGGAUCUGAAAUAGAAAGCUGGGUGCUGAUUGGAAAGAUGAUCGACAAGGUUUGUUUCUGGGUCGCCAUCUCUCUUUUCAUCCUCGGCACGGUGGCCAUCUUCUUAACAGGGCACUUCAACCGUGCUCCUGAAUUUCCUUUUCCUGGUUCGACCAGAAAAUAUCUACCAACUUAAAAAAUGUAAACAAGAAAACGUUUUUGCUCUGAUGAAACCUUUCCAAGGGGCCUCAUGCUGUCAGUAAGGAUGAGGGAUGUUUCUUAUUGAGUCGCGGGCUCAGAUUCAGGGUUGAGUUAGUUCGAGCUUUAAUAACCGAAGACUUGACAACAGUCUCUGUGUUUAUGUUCUAGGAUUAGUCAGGCAGCGGAGCGAUUUUCAUUCAAACUUACAACUUAGCUGUUCAUCUUAGCGUACGUUUGUUGGAUGUAUACAUUAAAUGAGUGGAUCAGGUCUAAUUUAAAAGUGAUGUUUUAAAUCAUAAUUAUCAAGUAUUCCUAUUAUGUGGUUUGUUGUAUAAACAGUAUGAGUGUUUGGAGUAUUUGAAGGGUAAUCAUGAAGGUGAUUCACCGCCAUGCUGAGAAAUUUUAUUUAUCUUGAUGCAAAGGCAUUAUUGCAUUACAUGGAGCCAUACAGCUGUGUAGAACUGGGUUUUAAAAUAACAAUAAACAAGGUUUCUUAGCUGAUUUGAUGUGAAACAUUUGUCCAUCUCUCAAGGGCGUUAUAAUAGUCAUCCAUGUAUUACAUAAUCUGACAAAGUCUGUAUAAGUUUCCCUGCGUGUAGUCUUACUUACGUGGAAAACCUGCACAUGUAACUGGGACAUUGUCUUGAUUCAUUGUGCCAUGUUUUUAAAAUAAAUUCAUUAUUUUGUGCUUUGCUCAAUCAAUUUAUUUAAUAUGCGAGUUAUGUGGAAACACAAUUAGGAAAAUGUAUUCAUCUUCAACAUACUCUCUGUUUUUUCUUGCUGUUCUUCAGUGGUUUUCAAAUGGUAUACAUCGUACCUGAAAAUGUA